AUGAUGUGGGUCAGGGCGGUUUGGAAAGAGCCAAAUGGAGAGGAGGAGGGAGUCAUCCCCGAGGUUUGGGUGAAGGACAACAUGGUACACUGGCCACCAGGGGCUAAUGUAACUAAAGCAGCUAAAGAGAUGCGAACGCCAACAAGUAGCUGGAAAAUGUUUCCACUGCUGAAAAUCAAAUUCAAGUCAAAUAAUCAGGAAGAGUGUGAAGCCUUCGACCAAACAAGUACUGCAGAGAUCAGUGAGGAAGAAUGUGGUCCUGUCAAGAGGGUAUCAAAGAAAAAAAUAUACCCAGGGUUUAUUUUAGAUGAGGAUGAGCAUGAAAGCAGGACGAAGCGGAUCGGUCUGUCCUUUCCAAAACCACCAAGGAUUCAAGAAAUGUCUAGCCAGGCAUUAGGAUCAGAAGAAAAUGAUUAUAAAUCCAGGUCCAGGAGUCCAUUCCAUGACUCUCUGCUCCAAAGUUCUCGCUCUCUAUCCCAGUGGUCCCACACUCCCAGCCACAGCACUGUACGCCAACAGUCCCACACUCUGCGCCACACCACUUCACGCCACCGGUCCCAAUCUCCAACCCACAGCACCCCACGCCAGCGGUCCCGCACGCCACACCACACCACUUCAUGCCACCAGUACCAGUCUCCAACCCACAGCACCCCACGCCAGUGGUCCCGCACUCCACGCCACAGCUAUUCACGCCCACGGGACAGCUCUCCACACCAGCGCUCCAGCUCUUCUUAUGAGUGCUCCCAAAGACCAGCUAGGGAAAACCAGCACAGAGAGGGUGGAGAGCUAUUCCCAUUAGAUAAUGGAAAAUUCCAAAGGCGGGUCCUUUAUCUUCUUUCUGAUAUUCGGGCAAAGCUGUCAGAGGUGGGCCAAAACCGUGAGCCCCCAGAGUCUCAGUUCCACCUUGAGAAAAUGAACAGCAGGCGUGAGCUAAAAAAUCUGGAAGGGCAACUGGCUGUUGAAGAAAAGAGGAAUGUGAUGGUGUCUCGGUUAGUCAGGAUUGGGGGUGCAGACCUUGAGGACUGUGUAAAAAAUAUGAUGAAAAGAGUUCUUACCAACAGAUUGAUGGCAACAAUGAACAUGGAUGGCUCAGGGGUGAAGAAGGCCUUUGGAAAAACACGGCUAUGCCGUGUUAUGAUAGGUGCUGUACAGCAGUCGAAACCUUCUGCGUCAGAGGCCGAAAUAAAGAAAUACAUGGGCAGCUAUCUCCGGUCUGCUCCUGAUAGAUAUGGGGGUAUGGGACGGCAAAAGGGGAAAUCGUCCAUUGAGGUCUGUUCAGACUCUGAAUAAGUAGAAUGCACCAAUUGUUUAUCUACAAUGUUUCUGUUCAUUAAAUUGUUUAUCUACGAAACAAAUUACAAAAUUGGUUUUAUUUUAAUUUAACUUGCUCUUUGUUUUUGAGAGAAGGUCUUGAGAGCUUUGAUGUAAAAACCUGUAAUAUGUCUGUCGUGAUGACACAAAAUGCAAUUGUUCAUCAAUUAAGAUUUAUAUCAGAUUAAAAUUUAUAUAUAAAAUUCUGAUAUAAACCAGUGGAUUUAAUAAAACACGUCUUGCAUUUAAUACUGUUUUGUCAUUAUUCUUGUGGUCUAGAAUAG